GAGGAACACCAGUAAAUUGUACAUUGGACUCUGCAUUGCUGCCAUGAUAUUGCUCACCAUUUUGGCUGCCAUACUUACCAAAAAAUAUUUAUGUGGGAAAAGAAAGGUGUUUCAUAUAAGGUUGAUACCAUCAUGCCUCCUUGGGUAGCCUUCCCCAGCCUCAUACUACUUUGGGCAGAUGUUGUUGUUUCUCAGACACGCGUGACUGGAGUGGUGGGACAGUCUGUCACGCUACCGUGUACCUACUCAACAGCUGGUGAAAUCGCACCCAUGUGCUGGGGCCGAGGGCCUUGCCCUUUAUCCAAAUGCUCAAAUACACUCAUAUCGACCGAUGGCUACCGUGUCACCUAUGAGAAGGACAAACGUUAUAGGAUGAAUGGAAUCAUUUCCAGAGGGGAUGUGUCUCUAACCAUACAGAAUGCAGCCCUGUCUGACACUGGCACCUAUUGUUGCCGUAUUGAGUACAGUGGGUUUUUUAAUUAUAAAGGGGGGAAUAUAUUUUUGGAGAUAAAGCCAGCUCCAACCACUGUUCCAACACCACCUAAGGUUUUCAGCUCUGCUCCUACAACUCCAGGGACCACGAAGAACCGCAAGACAGCUCCAACCACAGUUCCAACACCACCUAAGGUCUUCAGCUCUGCUCCUAGCACUCCAGCGACCACGCAGAACCUUAAGACAGAAACCACUUCAUCUUCUCCAGUGCAGACAACAGAAACCCCGCCUAUUACACCACAGGAAACAAGUACGACCAGCUCAUCGUUGAACUCUUCUCGUCCAACAGAUGGGAAUAGCACUGUGACCCAGCCUUCAGAUUACGGUUGGCAAUACAAUGAAACUGACACAAUCUUGAAACAAAAUACACAGAGGAACACCAGUAAGUUGUACAUUGGACUCUGCAUUGCUGCCAUGAUAUUGCUCACCAUUUUGGCUGCCAUACUUACCAAAAAAUAUUUAUGUGGGAAAAGAAUGGUGUUGCAAAUAAGCAAAGAACCUCAGACCGGAACUUCCCAAAAUGGAACUGCAGUGCACUACCAAGCACAGGAAAAUAUUUACUUUGAGAACAGUCUUUACAACAUGCCUGAAGACCCAGCAUAACUCCAAGGCUUGAGGUCCUUGACUGCAGAAGGCAAUGACCAGAUCUCACCAUGUCUGUCCUUUUAAGCUCCAGGAUGAUUUUUAUGUCAAUAUUUCAUAGCGUUCCAACAUGUCUGUGAUGUUAAUGUCUUUAGCUCUCACUGCAUAGUCAACCUCAUUGGUAAUUAGUCUUAAUUUUUUAUACUAAAAUUGGCUCAAUCUUUCUGGUCAUAGCAGAGCCCUCUCCUAAAUAUGAACUGAACACUUUAGAAUUGUUUAUUCUGUUUCAACCUUAUGAAUCCUGUAUCCAUCAAGACUUCUCAUUGGGUUGACAUGAAAUGAACCAAUACCUUGGUCACUAAAACUGUCACAAAGAGGGGAAUAGGACUUAAAAUCAGCAAAUUCGAUUUGGAACUUAAAUGAAUUCACUUGGAAGCAUUUCAUGAUUAACUCUUUUUUUUUUAAAUCUUGUAAUCAGCCCUAACCGG